CAGGCUCCUUCGACUCGUUGGGAUAUUAUCACAACUCGCGACUCAUCCAAUCAUGGGCAGCAUCGUCUUCGGUAACUUGCUUUGGAUUUCUGUCCAACCGCUCAUACGCAUGUUCUUGUGCGUAGCAUGCGGAUUCGGAAUCACGAAGGCAGGCUUGUUACCCGCCAUGGCAUCUCGCGGGAUGGGGCAAGUUAUCAUAAAUGUUAUGGUUCCAAGCCUGAUGUUCUCGACGAUCAUACCAUCGUUCCAUUCAUCAAACAUUGCCGAACUCGGCCCUCUUGUUAUCAUUGCAGUGAUAUAUAUGCUGAUCGGUAUAACGCUGUCGUGGAUCAUCAAGCAACUCUUUUGGGUUCCUCACAGAUUUCGGUAUGGAAUUCUAAUGGCUGGAGGAUGGGCGAAUAUCGGUGAUAUACCUAUCUCUGUGGCCCUGAGCGUAACGGCGUCAGCUCCUUUCAAUGGAACUAAUGAUGAGAACCUGGCAGUAGGCUACAUCGCUGUUUUUAUGCUGGUGUUCUACAUCACGCUGUUUCCUCUUGGCGCAUACCGGUUGAUUAUAAUGGAUUUCGAUGGUCCUGACUUGGACAAUGAUCGAGUCAAGGAGAGGCUGAGCGCCAAACACUCGAGGAUUCUGUCGAGACUUACUGCUGGAUUUGUCUACCUCAGGCGGAUCCUUCUCUUUAGCCAUUCACCGGUCAGGGAAGUUCAUACCGAAGUCGGUCAGAAUAGUACUGGCGAAAAAGAGUCUCCUCAUGCGACAUCCACGCAUGAGGACUCUGUCACCACGUGUUAUAAACCACCGGAGCAGGAAGAAAUCGCAGUAUCGAUAUCGACGAAUGAAGAACUGCCUACUUCUCCCUCGUUUACAUCAAUACAGCCCGGUCCGGUUUUGACUGACAAAGCCCACAAAGUCUCCACAUCUACCACUAGUCUUCCGGAAUCGCUCGCUGGGCACGUCGCAGUGACGCAUGUUCAUUGGUUCAACAAGUUUAUCAAUCUGACCUCGGGAUUUUUGCGAUCCGCCAUGAGUCCCCCGUCUUUGUCGAUCAUCCUCUCAUUCACCAUCGCCAUCAUUCCUCCAUUGAAGGCGCUUUUUGUUCCAGGCGUUCCAGGCACCCAUAUACCUUCAGCGCCUGAUGGUCAACCUCCACUGGCCCUUAUCAUGAAGACGUGCACCUUUCUUGGUAGCGCAUGCGUGCCGAUGGGUUUGAUCAUCCUUGGGUCUGCUCUCGCCAGACUAAGCGUCCCGCGAAACCAGUGGAGUACUCUCCCUCUCUGUGCCAUCGGGAGUGUUGCUAUUGGCAGACUCGUCAUGAUACCUGUGCUUGGCACCCUUAUUUGCCAGCAAUUCACGCGUGUCGGACUGAUAGAUCCCUCCAACAAUGUGCUCAGAUUUGUCUGCAUCCUCAUGUCGGGUUUGCCUUCUGGGACCACGCAGGUGUUAUUGACUCAAGUGUACUCUGGGACGGGUAAUGCUGAGCAUUUGGCAGCGUUUCUGAUACCCCAGUACAUCAUCAUGUUUGUAUCGAUGACGGUCCUCACUACUCUGACACUUGAUAUUCUGUUUGUAUGAUGCCCUGAAGCAGGGAUGUAUGGAUCGCGUUGUGUGCAGAUCUAGAUAAUGCGGCGAAUAGACGGUUGUCGUUUUUUCUUUUGGCCAGUCGGACAGAGCAUGAUGAGUCCGUACUGCACGUAUGCGAUGUAGAAUAUACUAGAGCACCUGAAACUGUAUUUACGACCUCAAGA